UCCGCCUCCUGAAUUCCCUCGUCUCCGCACGGAGGCCGUCCUCCCCCUGACCCCUCUGCGUCCGCCGCCGCCGCCGCUCACCGGCCGCCCGCACGCACGCGCGCUCCAUUACCCCGGGGUCCCCGGCGGGCGAUGGCCAGCCUAUCCAACGCCGGCUCCACCAAUCAGGCCUAACACGAGCAGCCACAGCCUCCGGGCGCCUGAUCUCUCCUCGUCGGGCGGGAUUCGGGUCGACAGGAGAUGGAGGCCAGCGUGGGCGUCCGUGCGCCGGCGCGCGGCCGUGCCUGGGCCGGCAUCGAGAAGCCGCACGGCGCUUACUCCGUCAGAGUCCCGCCGGUAAGGCUCACGGCGGACAGGCUGCGGCUGCCUCCGCCGCGGAGGCUGGUGCUGGGCGCCGAUCCGUGGAGGACCGCGGGUCCUGCCCUCCGUCCCGCAAAGCUGAGAGUUUCGUGCUCCGCGAAAUCGGCAGGAACAGGAAAAGUCCACUAUUCUACUGACGAGGCUCUCAUACUACAGCAAAAGGCCCAGGAUGUUCUCCCUUACUUGGAUGGCCGAUGCGUUUAUCUUGUUGGAAUGAUGGGUUCAGGCAAAACUACAGUUGGGAAGAUAUUAGCCGAAGUAUUAGGUUAUUCGUUCUUUGACAGUGAUAAGCUGGUAGAGAAGGCUGUUGGUAUCUCAUCUGUUGCUGAGAUCUUUCAGCUCCAUAGUGAAGCAUUCUUCAGAGAUAAUGAGAGUGAGGUCCUGAGGGAUCUGUCAUCAAUGCAUCGGUUGGUUGUUGCAACCGGAGGUGGUGCAGUGAUCCGACCAAUCAAUUGGAGUUACAUGAAGAAAGGGCUGACUGUGUGGUUAGACGUUCCACUGGAUGCACUUGCAAGAAGAAUUGCUGCUGUAGGAACCGCAUCUCGACCACUCUUGCAUCAGGAAUCUGGUGACCCUUAUGCAAAGGCUUAUGCGAAACUUACAUCACUUUUUGAGCAAAGAAUGGACUCGUAUGCUAAUGCUGAUGCCAGAGUUUCACUUGAACAUAUUGCAUUAAAACAAGGCCAUAAUGAUGUCACUAUACUUACACCUAGUGCCAUCGCCAUUGAGGCAUUGCUAAAGAUGGAAAGUUUUCUUACCGAGAAGACCAUGGUCAGAAACUGAUUGCUUGUAUGUGAGCAAAAGGAUGCUCACAACAUAUGGCCCUUGUUUGUUUAAUUGUACAUAUACCUUUGCAUAAACUCUUUCUGCAGUGUUGUUCAACAUGAAAGAGGACCGUUUGAGUUUGUACUUGUGCAAAUGAAUAAGUAAAUAGCUUUCAGUUAAGACAAUGCUAAUUUGUUAUUUAUCUCAAUGAAUGGUUGAUGGGGACAUUAGGGCAUA